ACGUUAGACCCUUAUAUAUAGCUGUAACGCUCCCUCUGGAAUUCUCAGGCUUUGAGCUCCAGCAUUACGGAAUUAAUCGCAAACUCUCUCUCUCUCUCUCUCUCCCCUUCACUUCAAUGGCGUGUCGGAAAACGCUAACGAAGCGUCUGUUUGACGGUUGUAGAGUUACAUCGACGUCGGUGACCCUAGAACACCCGCUGAUCUCGUCUCCUUCGGUUCGGAUCCUAAUUGUCCCUCCAAAUGCUUCCAAAACAAACUUCCACCGCGAGUACAUCACUUCGUCGGACUCUGCAGAGAAGGGAUUUUUCCGGAGAUUCUUACACCGGAGGGCCGCCAGCAACGAUUUAGCUUCGAGGCUCCCCGAGUUUCUAUCCCUUCCCGUCGGGGACAGGCUCCGGGAGACCCUCAGAACCAUCAACAUUACUGGCGAUCGUCUCAGGCUCGACGGCCUGAGUUCGCCGGCGACUAAUCCAGCAGUCUCGGCCGAUAGUCGGUACGGUGUCUCCGUCCACGACGCGAGAAAGAUCCUGAGGCUCACACAAAUGGAGAAGCUGAAAGCAAAGCUCAGGGAGAUCCCGAAAAGCUCGAUUUCGUACUCUGAGUUUGUGCGAAUCUGCAUAGAAGGUUGUGAUCAGAACGCUGAUCAAGGCCUCGAGUUUGCCAAGACGUUGGACGACUCCGGAAACGUCAUCGUUUUGGGAAACGCAGUGUUUCUCUGGCCCGAUCAGGUGGCAAAGUCAAUGGAGACACUAAUUUCUCAAACAAUAGCCAAUCCGAACGACCCGAGAAGAAAAGAACUGGAAGAGAUGGAGGCCCGAAAGGCCAUGAUCGACCGCAAAGCAAGGUCUUCGGUCAUGGGCGAGCUCUGCUGCGGGCUGGGGUUCCUUCUGGCCCAGGCCCUGACCUUCAUGAGGCUGACCUUCUGGGAGCUUACCUGGGAUGUCAUGGAGCCCAUCUGCUUCUUCACUGCUUCCCUUGACUUCGCACUCUGCUACGCCUUCUUCCUUCGAACCUCCAUCGAACCCUCCUUCAGGGGCUACUACCAGUGCCGAUUCAUGGCCAAGCAAAGAAAACUUAUGGCUCUACACAACUUCGACUUCGACCGGUACAAUGAACUCCGCAAAGCCUGCUAUUCGAGCUCCUGUUCUUCGAUUCCCAACGCCCAAGCUUUUUCGCCCUUGGGUCACGCAGCAGAGGGGUUCGUUGGUGCCAUGCAUCGUUGAAGAGAAACGUACAGGAAAUUUUUCGGAGUAAUUAAUCAAUAAAUGAGUGAAUUCCUUCAGGGAUCAAAUCGGUUUUGGUUCCGCGAGUUUUAAGAGUUUUCCCGACAGAAUGAUCAAGGGUUUUUGAGCAACAUCACACACACACACACAUAUAUAUCUAUAUAUAAUAUAUAUAUAUAUAUAUAUAUAUAGAGCCUGAGGUUGUAUAUAUAGCUGAAGAGUUGUUCGUACGGCUUUCCGACUGGAGGUAUGCUUGUAAAGUGGUCGGCCGAUCUACCUUUGUAAAGAACCUAAAAGCCGUAUGAUUUCAAUGAAAAAAUAUAACAAGCCUUUUAUCACACCA